AUGGGGUAUCCUUCUGCUGGAGAUGAACAACAUUUUGAUGUUGUAAGUGCAUACUCAGGAUCAUUAUUUGCCAAAACUUUUGAUUUUAAUGCACUGUGGAGCAGAGUAAGUUCUGUUUGUAAUAAUAUCCUCGCAUGGGAUGAGUCCCCGGAUUUUAAAGGACAAAAAGCAAUUCAGGAGGUGGUUCGUGCAUAUACCAUUGUAUACAGAUUGGUUUCUGCUCCUUGUAAUGAAUGUCCAAAGUUAGUUCGUGGAUCAACUAACCAAGAGGAUGUGGUUGGAAAUGGACUUGAAGGUACACAAGCGCUCGUCGUUUAUUAUCUUCUUCGUGACAUGAUACGCUCUUGGUUAUCAAAAACGGUUUUACAUCGUCUUAAGGCUUCUAUUAACACUGAUCCAUCGGGCUUAUUGAAAACCUAUCUUAAAGAAUGGAAAACAUUUAUUGUUGCAGUAAAUAAUCUUAGAGUGGUGUUUUCUUACCUUCAUGGACCCUGGCAAAAAUAUGGUGCACCUCCUGAACAUCCACUUUUACCAACUGAGGUUCUUGCCUUGAUUCAGUGGAAUGAAGUAAUAAUGGUUCCUGUAAUUACAGAUCCUAUGGGAAAAGAAGUUUUAAAUCUUAUUGCACAGGAUCGAAAAAAUCCAUUAGAUGGAACGAAUUGUGUUCUCUUACGAGAACUUUCAGAAGCAUUGGGAACUUUAAGUGAUCCACGAGCCAAUUUUUAUGUUACAACGAUAGAAGAACCAUAUAUUCAUUUAUUACAGACUUUUUGCCAAGAUAAUAAACCCCAGAAAACUAAAUGUGAUGUUUUAGAAUAUAUUAACUGGUGUUUAAACCUUUUUCGAGAAGAAGCAGGACGAGCAGAACAAAUUUUAAAUAAAUCAUCUAUACCUUUGAUAAAACAAAGAAUGGCAGAUGUACUCAUUGAUAAAAAUAUUGACUAUUUGGUAGGACCGUUAAGUUUAUGGAUGGUCAAUAAUAAUGGAUCUGGAUUACUUGUUAUGUAUGAGUUGAUGUCGAAGAGUACUACUGGAUUAACUAAAUUUACAGAUACAAUUAUAGAUACUGUUUUUCGUAAAGGAAUGGAUGAAGUGGAUAAAAUGUGUGAAGAAUCUGUUCGAAAAGGUGAAAGUAUUUAUAGGGCUGUUCUUAAAGGAAUAAUAUCAGUAAAUACCUAUUUUGAACCUGCUAGAGCUCCUUUUAAAGAGCUUAAAGUUCUUGACAAACCUAUGUCUAGUGGAUUAGAAAAGGUUUUGGAAAAUACUCGACAUAUUAAGAGUAGAACUGCAUUGGGAGAAGAAUUAGCACGGCUUGCACAUAUGGAAUUAAAAUCUCAUGGAACAAGUGAAGAUUUUAACCGAGCUAUUCGUGAAAUUGUUUUAUUAUUUGAACUUCUUCCAUCAAAGGCUUCUUUUUUGGAGUCUUACCCUAAAUAUCUUACUGAAAGGCUUUUAUCUGAAACUUAUUGUGAAACUUUUGAACGUUUAACCAUUGAGAAAAUAUCAGAAUCAAAAGGUUGUACCAAUGAUUUUCUACAUAAAUGCGAAAUUAUGUUAAGCGAUGUAGUGGAGAAUAGUAAAUCUUUAUUAGAUGAGUUUAAUUUAACUCGUUCUGAUGGUUUUACUAAGGAUUCAUGGGUAUUUAAUCCAAGAGUUCUUACAUGUUAUAUGUGGACGGCCAUUUCAGCAGAUACAUCAAUACCGAUUCCAUCAUGUUUGUCAAUUAGAAUAAUGGAAUAUCAGAAAUUUUUUUCUCGAGUUCGUCCAAAACGUCAUCUUACUUUUGUUUCACGUUUUUCACGGGGUGUAGUAAAGAUGAACUUACCUCGUGGAUCAGGAAUACAAAGUCUUGAAUUACAUGUUGGACAGUUACAAUUACUUUUAACAGAGUAUUUUAAUCAGGUAGAUGAAUGGAACGUUGAAGAACUUUUCAAGAUUAUAUCCUUACCCCAAAAUGAUGCUCUUUUCUCUGCCAUAAAUGCUUUUGUUAGGCAUGGUAUUUUUGAGAUUUUUAAUGGAGAAGAAAAAGUUGAUUUACCUUUAGAUAAGGUAUUACCAAAUUAUAUUAUUCGUUUGGUACCUUUACCAGCUGCUAAAAAAAGAAAGUUAUUACUAUAUCCGUAUGAAUGGGGUGGUACUUUACAAAAUACAAUGGCAAAUUCUUCAGAAUUUUCUAAUGACCAUGUGGAUGCUUCUUAUGUGGCAGAUCAAGUAAAAACCCCUGCUAUACAAGCUACACUUAUUCGAGUUUUCAAAUCUUCUGGAACUCUUUCAUUCGCUCAACUUUUGGAAAAAGUCAAAGAUGAAUCUCUUCCUCAUUUUACACCUACUGUUCAGCAAGUAAAGGUGUCUUUGGAGUUCCUUAUCAAUCGUGGAUUUAUAAGCAGAAGUGAUACAAACGGAAAUGAUUUUUCAUAUGUUUCUUGA